AUGGGUAUGGCAGCAGCAGAGUCGCAGUUUCAUGUAUUAGCUGUUGAUGACAACAUCGUAGAUAGGAAACUCAUUGAGAGGCUCCUCAAGACAUCUUCAUAUCAAGUUACUACAGUUGAUUCUGGUAGCAAGGCCCUAGAAUUUCUGGGUUUGCAGGAACAUGACCUUAUCAGCCCAAAUACACCUUCUGUUUCCCCAAAUAAUCUCCAGGAAGUAGAAGUGAAUCUCAUUAUCACAGAUUAUUGUAUGCCAGGAAUGACAGGCUAUGACUUGCUCAAGAAAAUCAAGGAAUCAUCAUCAUUGAGAAACAUCCCAGUAGUGAUCAUGUCAUCUGAGAAUGUUCCUUCAAGGAUCACCAGAUGUUUAGAGGAAGGAGCAGAAGAGUUUUUCUUGAAGCCAGUGAAAAUAUCAGAUGUGAAUAGGCUUAAAUCUCAUAUGAUGAAAACAAAAAUGAUGAACCAGAAGCAAGAAAUUAUACAAGAAAAGCCGGUGAUGAACCAGAAGCAAGAAAUUAUACAAGAAAAGCAACGGCAAGAAGAACAAAAGCCAGAAGAGUCAGUCUCACAAUUGCCACAACAGCAGCAACAACCACAACAAUCCAACAAUAAUAACAAAAGGAAGUCUAUGGAAGAAGGUCUUUCACCUGAUAGAACAAGACCCAGAUACAAUAGCAUCACCACUAUGGUCUGAUAAUCUUGGAAAAUAAGUUUUCUUUCGGAAACUCAAAUUUCCUUUGACAAUGUAAUUUAUAUAACCUCUGUUACUCCUUCAUCUCUUUCUUUUUCUUUUUUUUUUCCCCUCUUCAUUUUUUUAGAAGUUUCAUUUACAGGCUUAAUAGAAUGUAGAGAUAUAUAGUUGCUUCAUGUACGCUAUCUAAUUUUGUUUUUGUAAGUCGAAAUCCAACAGAAAAAUUUUGGGAAAAA